GUGAACAAAUUAGGCCUUUUUCAAAACCCCAAGCAGCGAUCCUCAUCUCUCCCCUCCAAUUCCUAGGGUUUCUCUCUGCUCUGCUAAGCCUGCAAAUCUUACUCCGAGGAUUCUAAUCUUUCCUCUCUCUCUCUACGGGGCUCUGCUUCAUUUGUAGUUUUGCGAAGAUGUAUACUGCCAAGCAGAAAAUUCACAAGGAUAAGAAUGCAGAUCCCACUGAGUUUGAGGAAUCAGUUGCACAGACUUUAUUUGAUUUGGAAAAUACCAACCCAGAGCUGAAAAGUGACAUGAAGGAUCUCUACAUAAAUUCAGCAAUCCACAUUGAUGUUGCUGGGAACCGGAAGGCUGUUGUUAUCCAUGUUCCUUUCAGAUUAAGGAAAGCUUACAGAAAGAUUCAUGUUAGACUUGUGAGAGAACUUGAGAAGAAGUUCAGUGGGAAGGAUGUAGUCUUGAUUGCUACCAGGAGGAUAUUAAGGCCUCCAAAGAAAGGUUCAGCUGCUCAAAGGCCACGCAGCCGCACACUUACUGCUGUGCAUGAGGCAAUGCUGGAGGAUAUUAUAUUGCCUGCUGAAAUUGUUGGCAAGCGUACCAGAUAUCGGAUGGAUGGAUCUAAGAUAAUGAAGGUUUUCUUGGAUCCAAAGGAGCGAAACAACACAGAGUACAAGUUGGAGACUUUUGCUGCAGUAUACAGGAAGCUUUCGGGCAAAGAUGUUGUGUUUGAGUUUCCAGUUACAGAGGCAUGAAAGGCAGAGAACUGGCAUUUUUUGCAUGUUUUUAUCAGAAUUUUGCCUUACUGGGUUAUUUAAGUUCUGAUUUUAUUUUAUUAUUGUUACUUUUUUGUUGGGUUACAUCCGAAAUUUUUGAGUUUUUACAUAUGACAAGUUGAUGUAACAAUCAGGAACUAUUUUUGGUGGAUUCAUUUUCUUGAUUGUGAUCAAUGCUGAAUGUGAGAACUUGACAGUCUUCAAUUUGCAA